AAGGGGACGGUGACGCUCGUCGGCGCGGGCCCCGGCGACCCGGAGCUCCUCACGGUCGCGGCCCUGCGCCUGAUCAGCGACCCGGAGGCGCUCGUCGUCGCGGACCGCCUCGUGUCGCCGGAGAUCCGGAGUCUCGUGCAGGGCGAGCUCCGCGUCGCGGGCAAGGCGCCCGGCUGCGCGGAGAAGGCGCAGCGCGAGAUCUACGACUGGUGCGUCGAGGGCGUCAACGAGGGCCGCCGGGUCAUCCGGCUCAAGAUCGGCGACCCCUUCGUCUUCGGCCGCGGCGGCGAGGAGAUCCUCGAGUUCCGGGAGACGCUUGGCCUCGAGGCCGAGGUCGUGCCCGGCGUGUCGAGCUGCCUCGCGGCGCCGCUCGCGGCGGGCGUGCCCGUGACGCACCGCGGCGCCGCGCACCAGCUCGUCGUCUCCACGGGCUACGGCCGCGACGGCUCGUCGCCGGAGCUCCCCUACUACGACGAGAACCGCACCGUCGUGCUCCUCAUGGCCGUCGGCCGCCUGGGCAAGAUCGUCGCCAACUGCCUCGAGGCCCAGGGCUUCCCCCGCGACUGCCCGGCCCUCGUCGUCGAGCAGGCGUCGAGCCCGCGGCAGCGGACCGUCGUCGGCGACUUGUCGGACAUCGCGGACCUCGUGCUCGAGCACGACAUCAAGGCGCCGGCGACGGUCGUCUUCGGCGCCGCGGCG